AUGGGGACACGAUUUAAAGGCGACACCAAAGACCCAGCGGUUAAUGUGAGUGACUGGGUCCUUUUGGUCACCAUCAUUUUUAGCGUUUCUGCUCGACUAGGAACCAAAAUUCGACUAUUCAAAAAGCUUACCACGGAUGAUUUUCUGAUCAUUGCGUCUCUGAUCUUUGGCAUCGGGCAGAGUAUUGUUGUUUCACUGGCAGUUGGGUCCGGUUAUGGGAAGCAUUAUAAGGAUGUCUCCGAUGCCGAGAUGGAACAGCUGAUGAAAAACCUCUUCGCGGCGUCCCUUCUAUAUCUCUUAAGCCUCAUGUUCUCGAAACUAUCUCUGGUGGUAUUUAUCCGAAGUCUUACACCAUCAGCCAAAGAUAAAUGGCUUGCCAGAGGCGUCGAGGUCAUUCUAUAUGUAUGGGCAGUUGUUGCAAUCUUAGGGACCGCAUUCCAAUGCUCUCUGCCCCGUACCUGGGACUUCCAGAACGGCCAAUGCUUCAACCUGUUAGCUUGGCGCUACUUUAUAGCUAUCUCUAUCAUCGUUACCGAUCUCUUGAUUGUCACACAGGCAAUGAUCCUGAUAUCUAGCGUCCAAACGACCCUAGGCCGACGCCUGGUCUUUGCGGGUAUCUUCCUGCCUCGUCUAUUUGUGACGAUCGCUACGAUUGUGGAGCUCGCCUUCCUCAAAAAAGGCACGAAGACCAAGGACCCGACGUUUGAGAUGUGCGAGAUCACCAUUUUUGAAGUGAUCAUUCAGUGCCUGAGUAUUGUGACGGCCUGCUGGGGACAGCUCAGCCCUUUCUUGUCUUGGAUGCGAUCGAACGGACUCAGGCUCGAUGGUGUGCAAGACCCGACCUCUUCGAGCUACAAGAUGCGCUCACAAUCACAGGGGUCCAAGUCUCGGGACCGCAAGAUCAAAUUAGAGAGUCAUGAGAGCUUCCCUUUGCCAAUGCGACGAGAUCGAAUCUUGGUCACCCAGGACUGGGAGGUCGACAGCCAAUCGAGCCAGGCAGACAUGAUUGCGGAGUCGCAGAUACACCCCCAGGCUAGGAGUAUUAUCAAGUAA